AUCUAACCUUAACGACACAUUCCUCGAUUAUAUUCAUUCGUCAUGGCGAUACUAGGUCGGCUGAGGGGAAAGGAGAGUCCCCCUACGCCAGACUCCUCAGCUGCAGAUCGGGAUAUGGAGAAGCAACCAGCGGCGAGGCGAGUAUUCGGCAUCCGCGAGCGCUUCACUCCGCGCAUUCUUCUCAUGGGCGUCCUGGUCUCCAUGGGCGGUUUCAUCUUCGGCUACGACACUGGUCAGAUCUCAGGUUUUUUGGAGAUGCCUCAUUUCUUACAGAAGUUCGCGGAUAUAAAGGACCCCGAGACUGGAGAGCUCUCGUUCUCAAACGGGAGGAGUGGAACAAUCGUUGCGUUGCUGUCGAUUGGGACAUUGAUGGGCGCUCUCCUCGCAGCGCCUAUUGCCGAUAAGUUUGGCCGGAAGUACUCCAUUACCUUCUGGAACAUCAUAUUCUGCGUGGGCGUAAUCGUGCAAAUCACCACUUCCACCACAUGGUACCAAGUCGCUAUUGGCCGCUGGGUCGCUGGUCUAGGCGUCGGUGCCCUCUCCGUUCUUACGCCUAUGUAUCAAUCCGAAACCGCACCUCGAUACGUGCGCGGCGCACUCGUCUCCUGCUACCAGCUCUUCAUCACGCUCGGGAUCCUCGUGGCCUACCUCAUCAAUUUUGGAACCGAGGCCGACCGCACUUCUCGGGCAUGGAAGCUCCCGAUGGGCAUUGGCUUCAUCUGGCCUGUCAUCAUGGGCGUUGGCAUUCUGUUCCUGCGCGAAUCGCCCAGAUGGGAAUACCGUCGCGGUAAGAUUGACAGCGCGCGUAAGACGGUCGCCAUGAGCUACAGCGUGCCGGAAGACCAUCCUGAAGUUACGCGAGAGAUCAAAGAGAUCAAGGAAAAGCUGGACGCUGAGCAGGCUGGCGGCGGCAAGCAUCCCUGGUACGAGAUCUUCACAGGACCUAAGAUGCUGUACCGUACCCUCCUUGGUAUAACUCUUCAGGCUCUCCAGCAGCUUACCGGCGCAAACUUCUACUUCUACUACGGGACCACCAUCUUCGCCAGUGUCGGGCUCCCCAACCCGUACGUAACGAGCAUUAUCCUCGGCGCCGUCAACUUCGGCACUACAUUUCCUGGUCUCUACAUCGUCGAGAGGUUUGGGCGGAGACCUGCUCUCAUCACCGGCGCCUUAUGGAUGUUCAUGUGCUUCAUGGUCUUCGCCUCGCUCGGACACUUCGCGCUAGACCAAAACGCCCCUCAAACGACACAGGGAGUCGGCUACGCCAUGAUUAUAUUCGCCUGCCUCUUCAUCGCCGGCUUCGCAAUGACAUGGGGUCCGAUCGUCUGGGCGCUUGUCGGCGAGAUCUAUCCUUCUCGCUACCGCGCCAAAUGCAUGGGUCUCGCGACGGCAUCGAACUGGACCUGGAACUUCCUCAUCUCCUUCUUCACUCCCUACAUUACCGGCGCCAUCGACUACCGCUACGGCUACAUCUUCGCCGCGUGCUGCUUCACCGGCGCAGUAGUAGUCUACUUCUUCGUCUGCGAGAGCCAGGGCCGCACGCUCGAGGAGAUCGAUACGAUGUAUAUCCUCGGCGUGAAUCCGAUCAAGAGCAAGCACUGGCAGCCGCCCGAGGACGACGAGCUGCCUAAUCUGGACAGUACGUACUUGACGCCGGGCGCGAGGGGUAUUCGGAAAAGGCAGGAAGCGGGUGCGCCGGAGCAGCAGAGGAAUGAGAGUAUGGCUGGGCCGUCGGGGCAGAAUGGGAUUGCUCAUGAGGCUUCGGGGGCGAGGCAGUAGAGUGAACCGCAGAGCUGAGAUGCCACUCUCGUUUGUUUUUGUAAGCAUUGCAGGGAUAUUCUCUUUAUUGUAGCAUUUCGGGCGGUGCUGUGAAUGCAUCUAAGAGCGUGCUUGGAAUAGGGCUAUGGUGUGGGCGCAGUGUCAUAGCGGGUAUGUAAUAGAGCUUAGUUGUUUGUUCUCCGUUUCUGUGAACAGACGGACGAAGUCCCGCGUGGACGAAGAUCUAAGUGGCUACUAUGAUGUUGCGAUUAUAUAAGAAUACACGUACUGU